UUGUACAAUCCAUUUUGUAGGUCAAUUGAGCCUCUUCUACAAUGGCAGAGAAAACGAUGAAGAUGGGCACGCGAGUGGAGGUGAUAGGGAAGGGAGUGGUGGGAACAGUGGCUUACAUGGGCACCACCAUGUUCUCUGCUGGAAAGUGGAUAGGUGUUGUUCUUGACGAGGCGAAAGGUAAAAACGAUGGAACAGUUCAAGGAAAGACUUACUUCACCUGCCCAGACAACCACGGUAUAUUCGUUCGCCAGUCCCAAAUUCAGGCCAUAGACGAUGAUGGGCCACCCACCACAACAUCAACAACAACAUCAUUGCAUGAGCCUCCCCCUCCGUCAGAGCCCUCUCCGCCAGAGACACCCAAGCCUUCUGGGCUCCUAGCGCCCAUUUCUUCGGGUGUUCCAGCACCCACCCCGUCAUCAGGGUUACCAACACCCUCUCAAGGUCAGAGGUCGAUCAAGAAGUCAGGACUGAGACCACCAAGCUAUGCUGGCAAAGGUGCUGAAUCAGAGGUCGCUGCAACUCCUAAAAGGGCCACCAGCAUCCCUAAGGAUCUAGCCGUCGGGGGUACCACCCCAGCCCCUAGGUCCAAGGAAGGUAGCCCCGCUCUGUUGACACGCCCAGAAAGCAAGGAGUCCCUGAACGAGAAAGCUCCCUCUCUCUUGGCAAGGCCUGCUAGCAAGGAAUCCCUCAAUGAGAAAACCCCUGACUCGCGUUUGAGAAAGCCUGGAGCGAGCAAAGGAACUGGGAAUCAGACUCCAACUCCUCCCUCUCAGAGUGAUGGAAAAACUGAAAAUGAAAUUGAGGAGUCCAACACUAACAGCAGCAUCCAAGAUGGGCAUGUUGACAUUGAGGAAGACAGCGAGUUUGCUGGCUUGGCCUCUGAUAUUCUGCAUAUUAGAUCACCAGCGGUGGACCUGCGUGCACUGACAACCUCCAUUGAUAGUCAGAUGACAAAUCUUCAGCAGCAGCAGGAGAUAGAAGGACUGAGGGCGGAGGUGAAAGACCUGAAUGAGAAGCUGGAGACGUUGAUGGCAAAGCGGGCCGAGGACCGACUGAAACUGAAGGAGUCAGAGAAGACAAAGAUCCAGUUGCAGCAGCUGCAAGAGUACAAGUCCAAGAUGCAGGAGAGCAAUGCAGAUCUACAGAGGCAGCUACUGGCAGCUAAGAAGGAAGCACGGGACAGUUCGGAGGCCUUUGAGCAAUACAAGGAGGAGAUGUCAGACCUGGCAGAGACAGUAGAGAUAGCAACACUCGAUAAGGAGAUGGCAGAGGAAAAGUGUGAAGCUCUACAACAAGAGUUAGAGCAGUACAAGGAGAAGUGUGAGGAGCUGCAGGUCGAUAUGGAAAUACUGAAAAAUGAAAUCAGUGACAAAGGUACUGAUGGUGUAGCCACAGAUUUCACUGUGAAGCAGUUGAACCAGCAGAUUGAGAGACUGAAAGAGGCACUUGUCAAGAUGCGAGAUCUUUCAAACCAAGAAAAGCAUGACAACGCAAAGCUUCAAAAGCAGACAGAGAGCAUGACAGCAGAGAUGAAACAGUUGAGGAAGGACAAGGAACGUCUCUCAGGGGAGGUGGCUCAGCUGCAGGAACAGCACAUAGAACUGCAGGAGCAGGUGGAUGCGGCCCUGGGUGCAGAGGAGAUGGUAGAACAGCUGACAGAGAAGAACCUCACCCUUGAGGAGAAGAUGAACGAGCUGCAUGAUGAGAAGGCUGAUCUGGAAGCCAUGAAUGAGAUGAAUGAAGAAUUGCAGGAGAAUGCCAGAGUUACGGAACUUGAAUUGAGAGAAGAAGUCGACCUGUCUCAUGCUAAAACAAUUGAGGCUGUGAGAAAACUAGAGGCAAUGCAGGAAACCAUUUCUGACUAUGAGAAGACCAUCAACAAGUUCAGAGAGCUCGUCUCUACCCUGCAGGAGACGAUUCGAGAGCUGAAGAGCAAAGAAGGCGGCACAACAGAGGCCAAGGUGGAGACGCCGUCCAUGGACAUGAUGGACUUCAAGACAAAGUUUGCCGAGACAAAGGCCUUCGCUAAGACCAUCGACAUGGAGCUGCGUAAACUGGAUGUGCAGCAGGCUAACACACACGUACAACUGCUGCAGUCCUUUAUGUCAGAGUCCUUCCUGAAGCGCGGAGGAGAUCAUGAUGCCAUCCUGGUACUAUUAAUGAUACCCAGGAUCAUUGCCAAGUCAGACCUGUUGGCCACACAAGUGAGAGAUAAGUAUGAGCUGUUGAACUCGUUUGACAAGUCUACGGUGCUGAAGUCCCAUCAGGCAGAGCAGAGCAGCUUUGCCAACCACAUGAUACUGAUAUUGAGUCUGCUACAAAGUGUCAUGAGACAGUAUGACAGUGCUCUGAAGACAUGCAGUGUGGACUUGUUCCUGAAAGUGGGGACCCUGCUACCAGAAAUGGCGGCCCAUGAAAAGUCCCUGGACCACUAUAUAGACUUGCUGAGGAAGGAUCAGUUGGAUGAAACUACAUCUGUGGAGCUGUUGGAGAAAUCCAUUAACUUCUUCCAGCAACUGUACUCAGUGCACCUGUCGGGUGAAGAGGUCAACUGCACGACCUUCAUGAACGACCAGACCAGACUGGUCCUCAGUGCGUGUGAAUGCAUCACGACAGAUAUAGGACGGCUCAAAGUCCUUAUUUUGCCUGGACAUGAGAAUACAGAAAUCUCCAUUCUGCUGCGAGACCUGGAAAACUACAACAAUGAUGCCCGGAUGUGUGCUAGAAAGAUUGAAACUCGAAAUGCACAGAUAUUUUCGAUAUUGUCUGCGGUGAAGCGCCGUCUACCGCAAGGUGACUUUGCAAACACUGCGACUCCCCUGAACUUCAGCAAGGAGAUUCAGGAGCUGAUCACCACCACUGGAGGUCACAUGCUGAAGGUUGCGAAGACCCUGCAGUUCCUUGCAGCAGGGUCCGUACAGCAGGCUGCUCUCCUUACAGAUGGGACGAUGGAUUUGGACAAGUUCAAGGAUACAGAGGGGCUCAUGCCAAAGAAGUUGGAGGAGAUUGCAUACCAGGCCUCGGACAAGGUGUACGGCAAAGAGGAUACAGGGCCAUAUGAGUGCCUCAGGUUGUCAUUUGGUGUGGUUGUUGGCACAAUGAACAGGACUGCUAAUGCCAUGGAAAAUGGGGAGUAUGACUUUGAUGGAACAGUGGAUAAACGGCCUGUGCCCCCAGUUGUGCUGCGGUCAAACACGGUCAAGGCCCAGAUCUCGGAUAUUGAGGCUCUCAAAGUGAAGAUGGAGAACAAGGAGGAAUCCAUCAAGGAACUCAAGAAACAACUCAAAAUAAAGCAAGAGGAGAUAAGUGAACAGCAACUCCGUGUGGGCCAGGUGGAGAAGAAGUUGGAGACUGCGUCACGUGACUCAGAGGAGAAGGUGGACAUCAUACAGAGGAAACUGGACGACACCACCAACAACAUGAGGAAAAAGGAGAAGGAGUUCGAGCAGACAAUGGAUGCCCUCCAGGCUGAUAUAGACACGCUGGAGCAGGAAAAACAGGAGCUCAAGGAACGCCUCAGUGUCCUCUCUAAGAAAACACUCCUAGAGGGGCUCUCACGUCAGGCUGGACACUCUGCUGCCUCCAGUGCAGGUGCCCUAUCUCCUAGCAGCAGCUUCUCUGCCCAGGAAUCCCCUGUCCUACUGGCACAGAUUGACUCCCUGAAACAAGCUCUUCAUCAUUCAAGAUUAGAAAAUGUCAGACUCUCUGCCGAUGGAAUGAGGGAGCAGAUGGCCCGCCUGCCUCCCCUGCGAGUCCCCAGGAAGUCCAUCGGCCGGGGAGGUCAAGGGGUCAGCGUUGCCGUGGGUGAGCUGCCAGAGGGAGUGCCAGGCAAGAUGGAGCUGGGCACUCUGGCCAAGCAGACAUCGGAGCUACUGAAGACUGUGAACUCUUUAAGCUGUUGUCCACGAGUCAUUGACAUCAGCAAGCGGAAACCAGGAGUGGAGCCCAUUUCCAUGGUGACCAAUCCUAAGCAACAACUCGUGAAUAAAACUGCAACCUUGACCUUGCUGGAGAAGAAGACAAACGAGCUUCAAGUGCAAGUGACCCACCUUCUGGCUGCCAACAGGACUGGAGGUCAAGUGAGGACAGACUUCUCUGUGUUCCCUACACCAGAGUUUGCUAGGGUGUUACACGAGAAAUCCGGAGAUAGCGUGCUGGUGGGUCGUAUCACCGUACCGAUGGCUGGAGGGGCGGGGCAGACUAUACCCCUCAAUGUGAACGCUGAUCAGCUGCUACGCUUCCACAGUAUCAUGAUCACAUCGGCCAGUUAGUGGGCGUGUUCCGACCAAUGUGCAAUAUGGAGAUGUUUGAGAUUUCUUUGAACGUUUGUUUAAGGUGUAGUUUAAAAAAAAAUCUUUAAUUUAUGUAUACGUGAACAAUGUACAAUUUUACAUGAAUGGAAUGUUCAGCAAUAAAUGAGAACAAAUGAUAUAAUUGUGUAGCCUCUAAACCUAUAAGUUCGUGCACCUUAAAUUUCAAUGGCAUAUCUUUCAUGAAAAUUCAUUAGACAAUAACUAAACUUGAUAUAUACUUUAUGAUUUAUCUAUUGUUUAACAAAUAACGAGUGAAAUAUGUUGGUUGACAGAUAAUAAUAAUGGCAUAACGUACCUUUAAACAUUCAUGUAUAUGGUAGUCUGCGUCACACAGAAUUACCCUAUAAGAUCGUGCACCGAUUUUGAUGACGUCACAGCGAGGCCCUGGGAUGUGUUUAUAAUAGCCGAUAUAUUUUUUUGUGAAUAUGUGUUUAUUUGUAUUAAAUAUGUGUUGUUUUAGAUGAAUUUCGUGAAUAAACUGUAUUGAAAAUAAUGGUUUAAACAAAACUGGUCUUCAUAAAAACGAAAUAUGAACUGUGAUAACUGUAUUCAGAGGUCUAGAUAAAGUGUAUUUACUAACGGAAAAUAGCUAAAUAAAAUUCUAUUCACAAUGGGGGCAUAACAGGCUGUCACCCCUUCUAAUGACAGUUGUUUUGUGACAAAAUCCCAAAUUGACGAAGUGAGAACCUUUAUUGCAAUAGACCGGACACGAUCUUAACGUAUGGUCUCGUGUCAUCGUUUGGAGGUAAAAUUUCCCGCAUACACAGCAUACUUUAAUCGUAUCGUAAUGCAAAUACAGAGAGCACAAUACAAAUUCGAGACGGGCCUCCAAGGGAAACUACUCUUACAACAUUUUACGAUCAAAACAUUAACAAACAUAGCUGUCUGGUGAAGGAAAUGUGCAGAUUCUAAACAUUGUUUUGGCUAUUUCUUUGGAACGAGGUCAGAAAAACGGACAAUUUAUAUCAUAUUUAUUGUUUUUUCCUCAUGAUUUUUGUCUGAUCGGCUGUGGUAAUUCUCGCGUUACAAAAGUGAACAGUUUUCGGGCACGUUCGUUCGAAUGUUGCUUAGAAGUGUACGUCAUAAAAAAGUACACGAUCUUAUAGGGCUGCACAAAGUUAUAGGAAUGGAGGAUAUGGUUCCUCUGCAUUUUUGUUCCUUUAAGAUGUACUAAAUGUAAUAAUCAUGCGUUCCAUUCUGAUAAUGAAGACUGAUUAGAUUUCUUCUAAAGUUUUGUCCUUUUUUAGAAGAAAUAGAGCUAAGAAACAUUUGUAUAGCAUUCUAAUGAUUGACCCAUAUGUAAUUUCUUGGAAAAUUGUAUUCCUAUUUUAUUUUGUAAUUGAAGCUUUGUAUAGCCUAGAAAAUAGUUUGUUUUUACUAAACACUUGGUUUUCUAUUUAUUUCAUCAUAUUCUGACUAUAUUUUGAAAACCACUUUUCCAUGUGGAAAACAUUAAAGUUAUGUUGCUUGCAUUUAUUUUUUCUCUUGAAAUAUACUUAAUAUGUGUAAUAUUCUUGGCAACAUAUAAGUAUGGAGUUCUGCUAAUGUUUAUUUUUUGUUAUAAUUAUACAAGUAAACUCUUUUACAUGGUGUUACGUAAAUCAAUUAAAUAUGUCUAUAAUGCUGGGAAAAUUACCAUUUUAUCUUUUAUAGUGAUCAGGAAAGUUAAACAAAAUAAUGUUUAAUGUUGCUGGAACAUGUUUGGUACAUUUGUAAAAAAAAUAUAAUUAAUCGAAACUAUGUGAUAUUUAUGUUUAGAAAUAUCAGUAUUUAUUGUGUAUAUGUGUUUUGUGCUGAAAACAAACUUUGAACCACUGAUAUUUCUCAUUACAUGUAUAUCGUAAAGUGCUUUGUGUAUGCUGAAUUGUUUGCCUGCACACAUGAUCAAUGGUAUUUCAUAAAACACUCAAAUAGCUGUUUUUUGUAAUUUUAGGGAAAACAUUCAGUAUUAAAUACAAUUGAUUUGGUAAAUAUUGCGUUUACAGUGUAUUGAAUUAAUUGUGUUGAUUCAAUUUAAAUAUUGGAGUAAUACAUUAUUAAUGAGGUCAUUGAAGAUAAAACUAAUAUCUUGUUUGUAAUAAUAACACAAUUAUUAUACAUGUUUUUCCUUUUUAACCAGGUUUUCCGAAGGAAAAAACUGGUUUUUAGAUUGGCGAAUGCGGGCGGGCUGGCUGGCGGGCUGGCUGGCUGGCGGGCUGGCAGGCUGGCGGAAUAAGCUUGUCCGGGCCAUAACUAUGUCGUUCAUUGUCAGAUUUUAAAAUCAUUUGGCACAUUUGUUCACCAUCAUUGGACGGUGUGUCGCGCGAAAUAAUUACGUCGAUAUCUCCAAGGUCAAGGUCACACUUUGAGUUCAAAGGUCAAAAAUGGCCAUAAAUGAGCUUGUCCGAGCCAUAACUAUGUCGUUCAUCGUCAGAUUUUAAAAUCAUUUGGCACAUUUGUUCACCAUCAUUGGACGGUGUGUAGCGCGAAAUAAUUACGUCGAUAUCUCCAAGGUCAAGGUCACACUUUGAGUUCAAAGGUCAAAAAUGGCCAUAAAUGAGCUUGUCCUGGCCAUAACUAUGUCAUUCAUUGUGAGAUUUUAAAAUCAUUUGGCACAUUUGUUCACCAUCAUGGGACGGUGUGUCUCACGAAAGAAUCACGUCAAUAUCUCCAAUGUCAAGGUCGCCACGACUAAAAAUAGAUUUAAAAAAACAAAAAAAAACUUACAAAGGGGGUUAAUUUUUUUUGGUCAUUUCAAAAGUUCAGUUUGAGUUUUCUCCCUUUAUCAGAUUUUUUUUUCACAAUGAAAACCUGGUUUUGUGACAAUUUUGUCCCUUGUUUGUUGCUUAUAAUUAUGUUAUUGGUAACACUGUGCUAUUUCUUUCAGAGCGUUUGUUUAUGGAAUUCUGUUACAUUGAGUUUGCUUUGGUUAUUGGUGUUGAUUCUUCAAUGUGUGGGAAUUAAAUUUGUAUUGUAGGCUUCUGUAAAAAGCAAAAUAAAUACUACACUGACCAAAAUAAAUACCAAACAAGUCAAGGCUUUGUAUUUUCAAAAUACAGUAUCAGUACACGAUUUGCAUUGCUUUAAAUUAAUAGUCAGUCUUAGUUCAAAAUACAUAUGAGAAAAAUGUGCUUUCAGUAUAUGAAGUUGUAAUAUAUACACAACUAUUUGGGUUGCUAUUCUGCGUUUUUAUAAAUGUGCUGAACUAUGUGCUACAAGAACAACAUUUAAGUAUGUUAUCAUUUACUCAAAUUAUUGGCAAUGUUAUGGUAGCAGUCUGCUUUCAGUGAAAAAUAAACGUUUAACAUGA